AUGAAGAAAGUGAGAAGUAGCAAAUCGAGUGGGUGUUUGGGGUCCUGUGUAAUAGCAAGAGGGGAAGAAGAUGGUGUGAACGAUUCUCUUUUAGCUGGACUUGAUGGUUCUCAAUUAACUGGAGGAAAGAUUGGUGAUAGACUAUUGGCUGAAGCAGAAACAAACUUAGCCAUAAAUGUAAUCCAUGGCAUCUUGCUUGAGAAUAUGAGGCGUGAAAAUUUUGAGCUUUCUGUAUCCCCUCCAAGAGUUAUGUACAAGAUUGAGAAACGUGUGAAGCUAGAGCCAAUUGAAGAAGUAACCAUUGAGGUGAAUGAAGAGCAUCUGGGAAUGGUGAUGGAAGUGCUUUCUCACAGGCGAGCUGAGGUUACUGACAUGGGCCCUGUUGCUGGAAACUUUGGCAGGACUAGAAUGACAUUAACUUGGGAAUGGUUGGUUACAGAAGCGUGUUCAGCAGUGACACACGUGGCACAUGAUUUAUGCAUCGUGCAUUCAUUGGUAUCAUGUGCCCGUGGAACUGUCACAUCUUAUGCCUUGAUGAGUUUGGAAUCACGUGGAACACUUUUUGUGAGUCCUGGAGUUGAGGCAUAUGAUGGGAUGAUUGUUGGUGAACAUUCACGGGAUACAGAUCUUGAUGUUGGGAUAUGCUCAAUAUUUUUAUGA